GCGGCCGGGCGCUAAUUGUGCUGCGCUCAGCGGGGAGGGCAGCGGCCGUCCGACCUCCGUGCGACUCUGUGCUCGGCUCCGCUCCGUUCCAGAGACGUCCUGAUGGAUCUGGAAGGAAUUGUUAUCAGAAGGACGGCGGGAGCCUCGGCUCGCUUGCAGCCUUUAGGGUCACCAAGGGCUGCCAGGAGACCUUCACAGCCUGGUGCAACUCCCACCUGCGGAAGGCCGGCACGCAGAUCGAGAACAUCGACGAGGAUUUCCGCGACGGCCUGAAGCUGAUGCUGCUCCUGGAGGUGAUCUCAGGGGAGCGAUUGCCAAAACCGGAGCGAGGGAAGAUGAGGGUGCACAAAAUCAACAACGUGAACAAAGCACUCGAUUUCAUCGCCAGCAAAGGCGUCAAGCUGGUGUCCAUAGGAGCUGAGGAAAUCGUCGACGGCAACGCCAAGAUGACGCUGGGCAUGAUCUGGACCAUCAUCCUCCGCUUUGCCAUCCAGGACAUCUCCGUGGAAGAGACCUCGGCCAAGGAGGGGCUGCUGCUGUGGUGCCAGAGGAAAACGGCGCCCUACAAGAACGUCAACGUGCAGAACUUCCACAUCAGCUGGAAGGACGGUCUGGCCUUCAACGCCUUGAUCCACAGACACAGACCGGAGCUGAUCGAGUACGACAAGCUCAGGAAGGACGACCCCGUGACCAACCUGAACAACGCCUUUGAGGUGGCAGAGAAGUACCUGGACAUCCCCAAGAUGCUGGACGCUGAGGACAUUGUCAACACAGCUCGCCCCGACGAGAAGGCCAUCAUGACUUACGUGUCCAGCUUCUACCACGCCUUUUCAGGGGCUCAGAAGGCGGAGACGGCGGCGAACCGCAUCUGCAAAGUGCUGGCGGUCAACCAGGAGAACGAGCACCUGAUGGAGGACUACGAGAAGCUCGCCUCCGACCUCCUGGAGUGGAUCCGGCGCACCAUCCCUUGGCUGGAGGACCGCAGCCCCCAGAAAACCAUCCAGGAGAUGCAGCAGAAGCUGGAAGACUUCCGCGAUUACCGGCGUGUCCACAAACCCCCCAAGGUGCAGGAGAAGUGCCAGCUGGAGAUCAACUUCAACACGCUGCAGACCAAGCUGCGCCUCAGCAACCGGCCCGCCUUCAUGCCCUCCGAGGGGAGGAUGGUGUCGGACAUCAACACGGGCUGGCAGCACCUGGAGCAGGCGGAGAAAGGCUACGAGGAGUGGCUGCUGAACGAGAUCCGGCGCCUGGAACGCCUCGACCACCUGGCUGAGAAGUUCCGUCAGAAAGCCUCCAUCCACGAGGCCUGGACUGAAGGCAAAGAGGCGAUGCUGAAGCAGAAGGACUACGAGGCCGCCACGCUGUCCGACAUCAAAGCGCUCAUCCGAAAGCACGAGGCCUUCGAGAGCGACCUGGCGGCUCACCAGGACCGCGUGGAGCAGAUCGCGGCCAUCGCGCAGGAGCUCAAGUACGGAGCCGCACACUGCGCCCUUGUUCGGCCGGCCCCCACGGCGCCGCUGCGGGGCGGGCGGAUCGAGGCUGCGCGGAGCCCCGGCU